GAAUACAACGUAUUUUUUAUUUAUUAUCUCCGGACAGUGAUAAAGUGACUAAUUUACAAGUAACUGUAAAUUUCAAUUGUUUUACCGAUUUAUUGAGGAAACGAUUACGCGAGCCAGUUAGAGGUCGGUGCGGUUACCUUUAUUUUAAUAGUCGUUUAGUUUUGCUAGUUUACAAGUGUAGUUAGUGUUAAAAGUAACUGGUUUUGGAGAAAUUGGGCCCACGAUUAAAUGAGCGAUGUAUCAGACAAGUCUUCGCGGCGUAGCGUGCGUCGCCAGCGCUCCAUAUACCAGGUGCACUACAGCAUCCGGCGCCAGGACUCGGAGAUGACGGCGCGGCCGCUCGCGCUCGCCACCAGCCCGCUCGAAGUGCAGGCGUACGCGCUGCAAGUGGCGGGACAUGCGAGCACGCAGGAUACUAAGUAUUUGGGCUUACUACAAUGCAACAAUGGCACAAUAAUGAAACCGAUCCUCAAGGAAGCUCAGAAGCGCGAGGUGGACUUCUACGAGCGCCUCAAGUCUACCUCUGACUCCGAGCUGAGGGAGCUACGGACCCUGGUGCCCAAGUACUUCGGCACAAGAAGGUACUGCUACAACGGGUUCGAGCAGGAGUACAUCAUACUUGAGGAUCUGACGCAGAGGAUGUUGGAGCCUUGCAUUAUGGAUGUUAAGAUUGGUAAAAGAACAUGGGACCCCCUCGCCACUGAAGAGAAGAGGAAGAACGAGGAGAGCAAGUACGCGCUGUGCAAGCAGCAGUAUGGGUUCUGCAUCCCUGGCUUCCAGGUGUUCCGGCUCGGCUCCGGCAAGAUGCAGCGGUACAACAAGGAUUAUGGGAAGAAGCUGCAGGGACAGGCUGUUAAGGAUGCACUUCGCAACUACUUGAACGGCUGCGGCCGUCCCCUGUGCCGGGCGCUGCUGCUGCAGUUCCUGUCGGCGCUGUGGCGCUGCGCGGGCUGGGCGCGGCGCCAGCGAGCUGCCAGGCUCUACUGCGCCUCGCUGCUGCUCGUGUACGAUGCUGCCAGGCUCCGGGACUGCUGCCAGGGAGAUCACUUCACUGAACGCGUGAACUGCCGUCAGCCGACCGCCCCGCGGCGUCGUCACUCCAUGCACUCGGUAAACGCUGCCGACUUCAGCGGCCAGCUCUCUGCCAAGGGACCAGUCUACAGGAAGCUGCAAUCCGUUCCUCUCACCCCCAUGACAAUGUCCCACUCUAGUUUCUCCCCACCACCACCAAUAAGUUCACCCUGGAGUGAUGCUUUAGCCAGCUUUAAUCAUAACCAUUCAUUUGAGCAUAACUACGAAAAUAAACUUUCCAAAAUCAAGAUGAAUUAUAGAGCUAUGCUUGACCAGUUAUCCUAUGACUCCCCAACACCCAACCCCUGGGGGACGGUCAAGAUUAUAGACUUUGCUCACGCAUUCUUCAAUGAAGAAGAUGAGAAGGACAUUGACGAGAAUUUCCGAGAAGGUAUCGAAAAUUUGGUGGAAAUAUUCGAGACUUUCUUGAGAGAAACUGACGAUCAAGUUAUUUGAUAAAUUAACGUGUAAUUUUUGGUGAUAAUAGCUUUUUAGUGGCAGUAUGAGACUUAUAUGAACACAUGUUUGUGUUGAACUUUUAAAUGUCUGUUAGUGUGAGAACUUAAUUGUUUUAGCUAGUUGCAAUUUCGAAUUUGCCAACACAUAAGUUGUUCCUGAAUAACGAAUAUUUUGUGUCAAAAUAUGGGACAUUGACUAUGUACUUAAAUUGUAUACAUAUUUAUGUUAAGAACAAAGUUGUACUUCUAAUCAGUAUGAAACUGCGGUAUUUCUAUGUGUCAAACUAGAUAUUAUGUGUGUAUUAAUGUUUAGAUAUGUGUAAAAUUAAUGGUUUGAAACCUAUAAUAUUCGUGUUGUGGCGAAUUCUUGUUGUAAAAUGAGUUGUAUAUGUUAAUCGGUCCAAUUAAUACAUACUAGUUAUAAAGUUAUGUACUUAUAAUGUCAGUUUUAAUGUUAAUUCACCGUUAGUUUCAUAAAAAUCCAUUAAAAUUAAAGUUUUAUUAAAUCUAUUGCUAAUACUUUUUAUUUUGUUGACAAAGAAAGCCGCAAUAGAUUUAAAGAAGCUUUGACUUUAAUGGAUCCUUGUGUAACUGACGGUCAGUGUAGUUAAGACAAAGUAAUGCUCAAUUUUGUAAGACGUCCUCCACAUGAGGCGCACGAGCCUCGUGCGUCGGAGGGAGGCCUCAUGUAGAAGAUGCUUAACUUCCAUAGUCUACGAGGGACAUGCCGAGUCAAAAUAUAAUAGUACUUAAAUAGAUUUUAUUAUUCCAAAUAAUAGUUUUUAUAUCUGUUAUAAUAAGUGUGAAAUGUAAAUAAAUCGUUUGACGCUCUCGCGCUAUAAAUAUUUAUUAUCGAAA